CAAACAGAGACACUACAGGGAACCUACACCUGCACCGUCUACAGAAGGGAAAAAAUCCUGACCAUGAAGCAAGUGGUGCUCAAUGUCAAAGGUCAGUACUGUACAGGUGCCUGUCAUAAAAUUAAAAUAUCAUAAAAAAGUUGAUUUAUGCGUAUUACUUUUGUCAUCGUGAAAGAAAAAUAUAGAACCGGUAUUGGAGUUAUAUAAAAUCCAAUUUACAACUUGCUCUCCAAGGUGCUGGACAAUGUCUCGACAGAUGAACCUGUCAUAAAUUCAACAUACAUCACAUACAAAAAUUAUUUUUUUGAGAACUUCAAGAUGGCUCUAUAUGACAGAGGAAGGACUUAGAAACAUAUAUACUCCAAAAAUAUUUAAUUAGACUGUUGUUUAUUAAUAAGAAAGUAACAUAAUAUCCACAUAAUGUAUAGAAAAUUGAAUUAUUUUUGUUUAAUUCAUUUUCAGUUGUUUUUGUUUGUUUAUUGCAAGCUAGUUUUCAUCUUAUAGUCCCUCAAGGUAUAAUCAAUAUAAAUGCAAUAUAUUACAGUGUAAUACAGACAAAUCAUAAAGUUUCUGCCAAAAAAAUGACAAAUGAAAAAAAAUUAUCUACAAGGAAGAUAUUAACAUAUUACAAAUAAAAAAUAAUAAAAAUCCAUAUAGCACAAAAGUUCACCACAAUAUAAACAAUACAAAAAAAACUGAAUAAAAAUAAUGAAUCACAAUAUCAGUGCCUGCAUAUUUGAUUAUCAAUGAGUCAUAUUUUCAAGUUUGCAGAAAAUUAUUUAAAAGACUCAUAUGUUCUUAUGCUUUCUGAUAUUUUAUUCCAGUCCUGAGAAGCUUUAACUGAAAAUGAGUUCUGACCAAAUAUACUACAUCUGUAGGGACAGAAAAGUCCUUAAAGGCACCAAUGUGACAAGAGCUUCAGUUUCAUCAAUAUUAACAAAGUUGAGCUUCAAACAAUUAAUGUGAAAUAAUUAUUAAGAACAACAUUAAUUAAGAAUAAAAAAAAUGUUAAACAUGAAAACAUUUUGUUGUUUUUUUUAUGAUAAAUGUUUUCUCAUCAAUAUGCGGGAGUUUAGAGCGAUGCGCGCUCCCGCGACAGGGCAUGCGCAAUUCUCGGCAGCUAGACAAGCUAGUUGAAACAGCUGAGUCACACCUAGGGGAAGCUGCAUGAACGAGCAUGAGAAGUGAAAGUGAAAGGGACUUUCAUGCUUAUCCAACGCCGAAGAAGUGAGGGGACCUUAAAUUGACACCAUAAUCAAAUUUAAACUAUUUUCUGUUUUAGUCUGAGGAGGUGUUUAAAUGAAUCAUUAAGAAAUCCUUUAGUAAGGAUUUGGCAUUUAGGAAGAUGUGGCUGUUAGCUGCGUUUGUGUUCCUCCUGUACGAGAAGGGACAAGUUAUGUGGCCCUCACAGGAGAAAGUUUGGGGACCCCUGCACUAAAAGAUCAGGUCUUGGAAGAGUCCUAUAAGUCCUCCGCUCCUUUCUCUGACAUGUGCUCUGUGUGCAAGAAACCUGGAGUAUACCGCUGUCUGGAAUGCAGCAGAAGCAGUGUUUUUUGCAAGGAUUGUGUCUACACAGUACACAUAAAUUCUUUGCACCUCCCUGAAAAGUGGAAUAAAACCUGCUAUGAGGCUGCUUUCCAGCAGUUGGUGUUGCAUUUAAGUGGGGAUCACAGAACCCAUGUUGUUUACUCCAGAGAUGUAAAGACUUUUGUCAACACAGGUCAUCUCAUUAAUUGCACAGUUUGUUUUUGUAAAUGCGAACCUGAGGUCUGCACUCUUCUGAAGUAUGGCCUUUGGCCUGCUUCACUGGAGAAGCCACAGGCUGCUUUUUCAAUGGCUCUUCUUGAGCUAUUUGUCCAUCUUUCUUUGGAGUGCCAGGUCUCUGUAGAGGGAUUCAUCAACACCUUACGGUGGAAAAACAAUCUUACUGUUAUGGAGGUUAAUAUGCUGUACAGAGCCCUAGUAGGAGAGUCUAUUUCCCAGUUUCGCCAUUAUCACUUCCGACGAAGGUCACUAGUUGGCCUUUGUGACCAAUUUGAUGAUGGCACAGUGUGCCCGGCAUGCAUAAAGACUGAUGGCACUGUAAUUGUGGCUUUGGAUGCCAACUUUGGCCUCGUACGAAAAAAGAGCUCUGGAAGUAGUAUCACUGAGCCAUUGCAGGGUAACAGAAUGUUUGUCAGGGAUGAAGAUGUUGAAGAGUAUGUCGGGUCAAAUCCUGACAACUGUCAACCAACAGAGAACUGUAGCAAGUUUAAAGCUGGCAAUGCACUUCGUUCCCAAAACCAGCAAAAAAAAUUAGACAUAACUGCUGUAUUUGGAGCAUCAUGUCGCCACGAGGUUCCACUGAUACUUCUUAACAUGACACAUGGAGAAAGACUUGCAUAUCCUAAAUAUGUCAUCACAGAGCUGAUGAAAAAAUAUAAAGAAAAAAACAUUAAUCUGCAUGUCAUUUAUGACAUUGCAUGUGUCCUGUCCAGACAUUUCCGUAAAACUGGAGAAGGAAUCCCAAAAGGACUUUCCCUGGCGGUACCAGCAUUUCAUGUGUAUGGGCAUAAACUGCAGUGUCAGAUCAUGUACAGCACGCGACGAGUUCCUGGAUUUGGACUAACAGAUGGUGAAUGCAUGGAGAGGUUAUGGUCGUUUUUGAGAAGAUUUUCUCGAGUGACUAAAGAGAUGACUCCCUCCCAUCGCCUUGACCUUCUCACAGACGCACUCCUGUACUAUGGUAGAAGAAAAUCUGCAGAUCUAGAUGUGCAGCUUUUUCAGAGGUGGGACAAAGCCGAGAAGAUUGCGAGUAUUGCUGAGGAAGAGAUUUCUGCAGUUUUGAAAGAGUCACCGAUAAGCAUUUCUGAACAUGACCUACAACAAUGGAUGGAAACACAGAGACAUGUAGCCCAAGCUGCACAUUUAAAAACUAGAGACAAAGAGAUUGUUCCAAGAUGGAAGAGGAACUAUGUGAUGAAGCUGACCGAAAUCAACCAGCUCAGAUCCGGAUCACAUAAACAGGAGUCACUCAUUGAAGAUGAAUCACAGCUGGACAGGGAUCUUCGAAUAAUUGAGAGACACCAUGGUGUAAAACGAAGGCGGCUCCCUUCGGAUGACAUUUUCCAGAGAACACUGAGAGAUGUUGACCAGGAACUUAGAGGUCAGCUGAUACGACGAGCACAAAAUGAAGCAAGGGAGAGGACCACUCUUCUCAACCUGAAAAGAAGAUAUAAUGAUGGACAGGGAGUUGCUAUAAGGCUGUCCAAGCAAGUGACUGCCUGUAACAGGAAACUGAAGAAGAUUGUUACAGAGUACAAUAAUCUGCAGUGGCCUCCACAAACUGGCAUCUUUCCAUCACAUUUAGAAUUUCGAGAAUUGUGUGAUGCCUCCUCCCAGCUGUACACAUUGUUUGAUGAACAAAUUGAAGAUCAUGGUGUUGUUCCAAAGAACCUAAAAAGUCGAGCAAUAGAAGCCCUGCAUUUGAAGACUAGGGCAGCUGAAGAAAAGCUUCUACUUAAGAGAGAGAUGAACACUGUCAUUUUUCACCUUCAUCAACAACAUGGACAUUUAAGUUCAGCUAUAAAUGAUACUGCAGAUCCUGGUUCAAAAGCUGUACUUCAUCAAAACAUUAUCAUGUUAGAAAAGAAAAUGUACAGUGCAAUGAACAUGUUCAAGAGGUUUAUCGAAGUUGGUGCUCCUCCUCCAAAUCAUCACCUACCAGAGUUUAACUCUUAUUCUCAAGCACUUAUGUCUCCAGAUCUACAUUACAUAGACUAUGAUGAAAGCAUUGACGAUGGAGAGGAUGAAGAGGAUGAUGACGACAAUGUUGACAAAGGAGAGAACAGCAUAGAUUGUGAAUCAUCUUCAUGAUUUAUGGCCACUUACUGUCCUAUGUGAAGAGCACAUAUUCCAGUAUAAAAAGUUCAUUGUUUGAUGAUUUUCAUAUAAGCUUUUUGUUCUAACAUCUCAGUUUAUUGCUUUUGAUAUUGUUGAGACAUAUCUGUUUUUUAAGUCAAGCUAUAUAUAAUCAAGGGCAUUUUAGUUUUACUCAUUACAGCUUUGUACUCUUUUUCACAUUUAUUAAUGUUCUUGUUCAGUAUGACAUUGUUAAUGACUAAACUUCAUUUACAGUUUGAAUUUAACUCUUAAUUUUGAGAUGCUGCAUAAUGUGCUUUACAUAAUAUCUUUAAAUUUGGGCACAACAACGAAAUAACUAAAACGUAGUGGACAAAAAUUUUGUGAUGUUCAUAUUUGAGAAAUAUUUGACUGUUAUCCAAGAAUUACAUUAUUUUGAAGGGCACUACUCUGUAUUAAAAAUUCAUUAAGAGCUA